AUGCCAAAGGUUGUAAAAAGUUCGGCUAGAGAAAUGAUAUUGAAGGUGAAAGAGUUCUGUGAAGCGGAACAAAAGAAUCAAGGUGGUUUAAUAUCACUAAACAAUGUUCGGAAGAGAGUCGCCGCCUUAACAGGUGUGUCAGAGAAAACUGUAACAAGAAUCACAAAAGAAGGUAUAACAGCGGCGAGUACUUCGAAAAAAAUUGUCACCCCAGGGAAGAGUCGACCGCAUCCGAAAAAGUUCGACUUAGACGGGUUCGAUUUGUGCGCUAUUCGGCAAAAAAUUCACAGUUUUUCCGUUGUGCAUAAAGAAUUACCAACAUUGGCUAAAUUACGGGCAGCUCUGAGAGAAGAUAUAAAUUUUCAGGGAAGCAUCACAACAUUGCACAGGAUAUUAAAUAGGAUUGGUUUCAAGUACAAGCGAUGUCAAUCCAGACGCAAACUACUUAUGGAACUGAAGAGGAGCCAGGAAUGUUCGUCUCAGAGUCAUCAGGGAGUCGCUGAAUAA